AUGUUCUUGACAGAAUUAUCUCAUUCACUCCAGCUUCUCGGUGCUAAAGUACGACAGGCUACUGAAGAGAUUGGUGGACUUAAACGGUUACAAACACGAAUUGAUGAGAAUUGUUGUGAAUUUCAACGUGGAGUUGAAAGUCAAUUAGACCAAUUAGAAGAAUUAUUACGUUUAAGAAGACAGCAAUUAAUUAAUUAUAUUAAAAAUGAAAAGGAAAGAAGAAAAUUACAACUUUUAAAACAAAUUGGACGGUCAACGGCACAAUUAGGGAAAGGAAGGGCUUUGAUUCAAUUUUGUAUUGAAAUAUUAAAAGAGCCGGAACCUCUGGAUUAUUUACAGGCAAAUUUCUUGUUAAAUAGCUUUUAUGUGGAAGGAAGGGUUCUUUUUAAAUUUGUGGUUGGCUCAGCCUUAGCAAAUAGAGUAACUGAUCAAGAAUUUCUUUGGCAUAGAGAAGUAAAAACAAAUUGUCCAGAAGUUGACGAACAUUUCCAACUUGAUUUGGAUAUUUUAAGUGUUAAAACAGCUAUAGAACAAUUGGAGUUUUUGCAACUUAAAGCCCCUUUACCCCCACAAUUUCUUGCUGAAGAAUGUUCUGCUGAAAAUAAUUCUGUCACCCUAAGUUGGGUUUGUCAGCCAAAUGGGGCUUCCAUUGAAGGUUCUGUUCUUGAAUUAGACUCUGGUGAUGAUAAUUUUGAAGAAGUUUAUUGUGGACAAGAAUAUGCUUGUUCUGUUGAUGGUCUACAUUUCAAUACCUUUUACAAUGCGAGAUUAAAAGCUUUUAAUGCGGCAGGGGAGAGUGCUUAUAGUGAACAAAUUUGUUUGCAGACUGCUCCAGUUGCCUGGUUUCAACUUAGUGAGGAUAAUUCAACUGAAAAUUCUAAUGAACAACAACAAACUAUGAGGGAAAUACGUUCACAAAGUGUUGGGGGAAUAGUUAAUUCAGAAUUGUUGUUAUCUAAUAAUUGCUGUACAGUUACUGGAACGAGUAUGGAAUAUCGAACAAUUUUGGGUACAGUAACAUUCUCAAAAGGAGUUCAUUAUUGGGAGGUUAGUGUGGACAGAUAUGAUGGAAAUGCUGAUAUUGUUAUUGGAGUAGCCCAACCAUCGGUCAAUAGACAUGCAAUGCUUGGUAAAGAUUUACAUGGUUGGAGUAUGUAUGUAGAUGGAGAACGGUCUUGGUUUUUCCAUAACGAUACACACCAUGGAAGAAUGAGUGGAGGUGUUAAUGUGUGUGACUCCUUAAUUGGAGUUUUAAUGGACUGUGAUAGGGGAACUCUUAGUUUUGCAAUAAAUGAAAGGCCUAUUUGUAUAGAUGCUUUUAAGUAGGU